UAUUUAUAGGCUUUUAAAAAUCUUAAAGCCUUUUGUGAGGAUAAGGUGCCACAGUGUUCGGUGAGCGUUUGUGGGUAUAUACCUUUGUGGGUACAUACAUAAUGGAAAUGUGGACUUAAAAUUAAUUUCUAAAAAAACAGUUCACAACAACAAUAACUAUGAACACACGGAGAUUAAUUUUAUUGAAACAAAAAGGAGAAAUAAAAUAAGGAACUGUUUGUGUAUCACUACUGGGCUAAUGUCAAAUUUUUAAUUCAACCUUAAGUAAUUUAGUUAAUAUUUUGUCCUAACCAUGAACGAAGCCCACAGAAAAGCGUUACGUGACAACAGCAGCAAGCUCCUGAAAGACUUGGAUCUUACAGCGGAACUGAUCGCCAAGCUUCUUCAGUAUGGAAUCUUCAAUGAGGACAUGGUCGAAGAAAUCAAGAGCGGGCACACAACCAAGGAGCGCGUACAGAAGAUGCUGUUCAAGUUGCCUCGGCGAGGUCCGAGGGCGUUUGAAGAGUUUUGCAACGCCAUAGAAGACACAUACCACUGGCUGGCUGAGGAUCUUAGAAAAAGUGCAGAACUUUACUCACAUAAAUCUGAGUCUGAAACGAUGACAUUGAAGAAAAUGGUAGACACUCAUGUUCAUGAGACAUUUGGCAACUCAAAAAGAUUGGGUGAAAAAGACAAAGAAGACAUAAGAAAGUUCUUGUACAAACAACUGAAAAAUUGGGGAUAUCAUCCGUUAUCUAGUCCAGGCUCAGAUAAAAGUGACCUUAACAAUACCACUGAAAAAAAGAAUGAAGCAACAGAAGAUGUACAAACUGUGCUACAGGAGGUGUAUAUAAUGAUUACUGGUAACAAGUGCAGCACUAGAAGUGUGAGCAGUGAAGAAGAUAUGGAGUCAGUUGUAAGUGAGGAUAAUGAAGCAACACAAGUAACCCUUGACAUGAUAAAGACAAUGAUUGACGACUUGAAGAAAGAAAUGGAUGAUCUUAAAAACAUAAACAAAACAUGCUUUAAAAUGCUGGGAGCUGAAGACGAAACAAAAAAGCAAAUGGCAAUAAUGAAUGAGAAAGUUAAAAAGCUUGAAAAAGAGUUGAAUGAAAUUAGCAUCAAAUUUGCAAGCUCACAGGACAAAACAGAAACGUUAAAACAAAAGAAACUUGAGCUGAAAGCCAAAUGCAAACAUCUGGAACAAAUGCAAAAAGAACAUUUUGAAAAACAAAAUACCCUUAGUGAUAUGAAAGACUUUUGGAAAAAACUGCAAAGUACAAGCAACCUUUCAAGACCAAGAUUAGAGCAAACCAGAAUUGUAAACCCUCUGGACUCCGUUGAUGGGCCAACAACAACAGAUAUUUCAUUGCCAAGCAUAAGACCGCCCCAAAAGAGUUCAAGGAGUCACAGAUCCCAUCAGGGUCAUCUGUCAACAAGAAGUAAAAUGCAAGACAUUCCACAUGAGAAUCACCACCAUUUGUUGCCACCCGGGUGUACUUUGUCCAGGGUUUUCCAUGGAAAUCCAUGGAAAAUAUGAGGCUGGAGUAUUCGGACUAAGUUUCCAGCCUUUUCCAGCGUCAAUAUUUUUAAAAAAAGGGUGGAAAAUUGUCCAUGGUAUG